AUGGCCUUUCAAGGCUAUCCAGUCUUAGGCCUCCUAGUUCUUCUUGCCUUAUUGACUAAUGGCACUGCUGUUUCACCUAGCCUUGACACUUCUUCACUCAACCGGACUAGUUUUCCCAAAGGUUUUGUUUUUGGGACAGCAGCAGCGGCUUAUCAGUAUGAAGGUGCAGCAAAAGAAGGUGGUAGAGAACCAAGUAUAUGGGACACUUUCACUCAUAGAUAUCCAGGUAAAAUAAAGGGUGGAAGCAAUGGAGACGUAGCUAUUGAUCAAUAUCAUCGCUACAAGGGAGAUGUUCAGAUCAUGAAAAAGAUUGGCUUAGAUGCAUACAGAUUCUCAAUCUCAUGGUCUCGAGUACUGCCAAAAGGAAAACUAUCUAGGGGUGUGAAUAGGGAAGGAAUCAAAUACUACAACAAACUAAUCAACAAGCUCUUAGCCAGAGGUCUACAACCCUUUGUGACCCUCUUCCACUGGGAUCUUCCCCAAGCAUUGGAAGAUGAGUAUGGUGGUUUUUUGAGUCCUCAUAUUGUGGAUGAUUUUCGGGAUUAUUCUGAACUUUGCUUUAAAGAAUUUGGUGAUCGUGUCAAACAUUGGAUCACACUAAAUGAACCAUAUAGCUAUGUCUAUGCUGGUUAUGUAGAGGGGAAAUUUGCACCGGGUCGGUGUUCUAGUUGGCAACAGUUAAAUUGCACUAGUGGAGAUUCUGCGAUAGAACCAUAUUUGGCUGCACAUAAUCUACUUCUUGCUCAUGCAUCCGCUGUCAAAGUGUACAAGCAAAAGUAUCAGGAAGUACAAAAAGGUAUUAUGGGUAUAUCCUUAAAUACAGACUGGUUUGUGCCAUUCUCUAACGCGACGCAGGACCGUGAUGCUGCGCUAAGAGCCCUUGAAUUCAUGUUUGGAUGGUUUAUGGAUCCCCUAACCAAUGGUGACUAUCCACAUAUCAUGCGAUCUCUUGUUGGCGACCGAUUACCCAAAUUCACGAAAGAGCAAUCCAAGAUUGUAAAAGGGUCAUUGGAUUUUCUAGGGCUAAACUACUAUACUGCUAAAUAUGUAGCCGACUCACGUCACUACAAAGUUGGAAACGCAAGCUAUUUGACAGAUUCACGAACUAAUACUUCUAGUGUGCGCAAUGGAAUCCCCAUCGGUCCAAAGCUUACUUCAGAUUGGAUUCAUGUCUAUCCAAGAGGAAUUCAAGACGCUCUAUUAUACACAAAGACAAAGUACCAUAAUCCAUUAAUCUUUAUUACCGAGAAUGGAAUUGAUGAGUUCAAUAAUGCUACAUUGUCGCUUAAGGAAGCCCUUGCAGACAACUCUAGAAUUGAUUAUCACUAUCUCCAUUUUCAAUUUAUUCAUAGGGCUAUCAAGGAUGGUGUUAAUGUGAAGGGAUAUUUUGCAUGGUCAUUAUUGGACAACUUUGAAUGGAGUUCAGGUUACACCGUUCGGUUUGGCAUCAACUAUGUAGACUACAAAAAUGGGUUGAAAAGACAUCCCAAACUGUCUGCUCAUUGGUUUACGAAAUUCCUCAAGGAAUAA